AUGACCUUUUCAAGAAUGGAAGCAGCCAUGGAAGAUGCUUUCGUUGAAUGGAUUAACACAUUCACUUGUAAAACCUACCCGAUUGAUACAGUGGUGGAAUUAGCAGAUGGUGUUGUAUUAUCCGAUAUUUUAUACGACAUAGAUUCAAAGUGGUUCAAGCAAAUUACAGCUACCGAGUCAGGUGGCGGAAAUUGGGUAGUUCGUUUUAAUAAUCAAAAGAAACUCCAUAAACUUAUUACACGCUAUUUUGAAGAAGUUGUUGGGCAGGACCCAGAAUUAUUGCCUAGUGUUAAUUUAACUUCCAUUGCCAAAGAUGCCGAUUUACAUGAAUUAUUAUUAAUGUGCCAACUUGUGAUUGCUAUCGCAGUUCAGUCAGAUAACAACAAAACCUAUAUCGAAAUGAUCCAAAGUUUAACUCAAAAGAGCCAACACGCGCUUAUGGUAUCCAUUGAAGAAGUCAUGAACCAUUUUAAUACAGAGCCCGAUUAUGCAGCUAAUCCAAGACUUUCCUAUUUAUCAGGUGGCUCCACAGCUUCGUCCACCAAAUUAGAAGAUAUGCCCUAUCGCUAUCAAUUGGAAUUUGAAAAAGUCUUGUUGGAAAAGAAACAAUUUGAACAUUCUCAUUCUCAACUAUUAACUGAAUAUGAUGAAUUAAGAGAAAGAUUUGUAAUGCUCACAACAUAUAAAUAUAUACACACACAUACAUGCAUAUUAAUUAAUAUAUAUAGGAGGAUUUGA